AUGCCGCCAGCGGCCACUGCGCCCCCGCUGGCUCAGAGGAACAGAGAACAAAAAAUGAGCUCACUUCGCUGCCAGCUUGGGGACCGGCUCAAUGUUGAGGUGGAUGCUGCCCCGCCUGUUGACCUGAACCGUGUUCUGGACGAGAUGAGGUGCCAGUAUGAGACCCUGGUGGAGAAUAACCGCCGUGAUGCUGAAGAAUGGUUCAACACUCAGACCGAGGAGCUGAACCAGCAGGUGGUGUCCAGCUCCGAGCAGCUGCAGUCCUGCCAGGCGGAGAUCAUGGAGCUGCGACGCACAGUCAACGCCCUGGAGAUCGAGCUGCAGGCCCAGCAGAGCAUGAGAGAUGCUUUGGAAUCCACCCUGGUGGAGACCGAGGCGCGCUACGGCUCCCAGCUGGCCCAGAUGCAGUGCCUGAUCAGCAACGUGGAGGCCCAGCUGGCCGAGAUCCGGGCUGACCUGGAGCGGCAGAACCAGGAGUACCAGGUGCUGCUGGACGUGCGGGCCCGGCUGGAGUGUGAGAUCAACACGUACCGGGGCCUGCUGGAGAGCGAGGACGGCAAGUGA